AUGAAUAAUCGAAAUGAAGAUCAUAGUGUUUCAAAGGGUAAAACGAUGCCUCUCACAUUUAGAACGUUAUCAUGGUCUGAAUGUAGAAACCAAGAUGAUAUAGAAAUUCCGGGAACUCCUCGGACUCCCCGGACAUCCACGACUCCAGGUCAUGAAAAUUGUACAUUUCACCAUGAUUUAGAAUUAGAUCAUAGGCCUCCAACAAGGGAAGCACUUCUUCCCGACAUGGCAAGAUCGUAUCGUCUUUUGUUGGAAGGUUUGGGUGAAGAUCCUGACAGGCAGGGACUAUUGAAAACGCCAGAAAGGGCGGCGAAAGCAAUGUUAUUUUUUACGAAAGGUUACGACCAAUGCCUGGAAGAAGUUUUAAACGAUGCAAUUUUUGAUGAAGAUCAUGAUGAAAUGGUUGUUGUUAAAGAUAUAGAAAUGUUUUCCAUGUGUGAACAUCAUUUGGUACCGUUUUACGGUAAAGUUUCGAUUGGUUAUUUACCUUGCAAAAAAAUUUUGGGUAUAAGCAAGUUAGCAAGAAUAGUGGAAAUAUUCAGUCGUCGUUUACAGGUUCAAGAAAGGCUUACCAAACAGAUAGCAAAAGCAGUAACAAAAGCAGUACAGCCAGCAGGAGUAGCUGUAAUUGUUGAAGGAGUACACAUGUGUAUGGUGAUGAGAGGGGUUCAAAAAAUAAAUAGCAAAACUGUAACAUCAACCAUGCUAGGAGAAUUUCGAGACAAUCCCAAAACAAGAGAAGAAUUUUUGACUCUUGUUCAAUCAAAAUGA